UCUCGGACGCCGCCUCGCGCUACAACCUCGCGUUUAGACGGUUUCAUCUUUGGCCGCCGCAGCUCCCGAAAUCAGAGCCAGUGGUCGGCUUGAGUUCGUGGUUUCCACCGAUCGGCAAUUGUAGCUGCUUCACGGGCGAAAAAAACAAAACAAAAACGGGCUUCUUUUUUAAUUGCUUUAUUUUUUAUUUAUUUUUAUGUUUCAGAGCUAAUUAUUGAAGCACCGCAGCACCGCCAUGGGCGUGGAAGUCGAGACGAUAUCCCCCGGUGAUGGAAGAACAUUUCCAAAGAAGGGCCAGGCAUGUGUUGUGCAUUACAUAGGCAUGCUGCAGAACGGGAAGAAGUUCGACUCCUCCCGAGACCGGAACAAGCCUUUUAAGUUCAAGAUUGGACGGAGUGAGGUCAUUAAGGGCUGGGAGGAAGGAGUAGCACAGAUGAGCCUGGGCCAGAGGGCAAAAAUCACCUGCACACCAGAUAUGGCUUAUGGCGCGACGGGCCACCCCGGGGUCAUCCCCCCGAACGCCACCCUCAUAUUCGACGUGGAACUGCUCAAGCUGGAGUGACGCCUGGGGUCACAAAGGUCGAAGCCUAAUGAGGCCGCGUUGGCCCACGACCUGCUUCCACAGGGAGACCCUGCUCAGCUGCUGCCUCCCACCCCACUCUGUGUUGAUCUCUGCAGUCUUUCUUUUUUUAGUUCACUAUUUAAAAUGCAUCUACUGCUGCUGCGUUGUCACCAUCUUUUUUCAUAAUAGGAUCCUGCACGGAAAUAUUUUCACAUCAUGCAAGACUUUUUACACACACACACACACACACACACACACACACAUACACACACACACCACAUCGCCGUUUGGUUUCUUGAUUGUUAGUCAGAGGUGCUAUUUUGUUUAGUUUCAUUUAAAGUUUAAAGUGCAUUUUGUGGAAUCACGAGGAAAAUAAAUCGGUCAUCUGAUGAAAAGCCGUGCUACAUUGCAAUCAAAAAACAUAAACUGCCUGACAGUUUCAGCAACAGAGGAAAGGUGCAUUACGUUGGAAAGUACACAACUUCUGCUCUGUGUCUUAACUGGGCAUUAUAUAUAUACCACUGUCUGCAUUGCCACUUUGAUAACGGUUUGCCCUGCUGAAUGCUCUGAAUGACGUUGCUAUGUGUAGUAUAUAUAUAUUUUAUAUCCCUCAUAAACAUUCACUGCAAGUGUACCCCUGUACAAUACAACCCAAUCCAAUACUGCGCUGAACCGUACAGUGGAUUGACCAACUCUUGAAUAAAAAUGGCAUGUUUUAUGUUGA